CUGUGUAAAUUUAUAACUGAGACUUCUUCACUUCAGUUAAUGAGGGCUCUGUUUUAUUCAAUUUUCUCUUCUGGUUUUUUUCUUUUCAUCCCGUUGAUCGCUACUGGCAGCUAAAAAAUUGGCUACUAUUCAUUUCUGAACCGUCAUUCCAAAACUCGAGAGGGUUUGCUCACCGUUUUCCGAAUCUUCAGAGGUAAGGGACGUUAAAAUCUGAACAUAGGCUGUUGGGGAUGAAGCACAAUGUUUCUUUCAGGCUCUGUGAGAGAGGCCCAAAACUCCUUGUACUGGGCCAGGUUUGAGAACCCAUAUUGCAAAGAACUGAAUUAAGCAUUUGACUGUUUGUUUUUGAAGAAGCAUUUGAUUGGGUUUGGAAAAGAACAUAUAUUUCUUUCGUUUCCCUGUAGCGUGCGUAGAGGAAUGAGAUCUCUUCGUUCAGCUGUGUGCUUUGCAGAGUCCAGUAGCAGACAGACAAUGAAAGCUAUAGUGAUCAGCAAGCCGAGCGACCUGGAAGUUCUUCAAUUGCAAGAGGUUGAGGACCCAGUAAUCAAAGACGGUGAGGUUCUGAUCAGGAUCGAGGCCACUGCGGCCAACCAGGCCGACACGUUACAGAGGAAAGGCUUUCAUCCCCCGCCCAAGGGUGCCAGUCCCUACCUCGGUCUCGAAUGCUCUGGGAUCAUUGAAGCCGUUGGGAAAAACGUCUCUCGUUGGAAAACCGGCGAUCAGGUAUGUGCUCUUCUUGCUGGAGGCGGAUAUGCUGAGAAAGUAGCUGUCCCAGCUGGGCAAGUGCUUCCCAUUCCACCUGGUGUUUCCUUGAAGGAUGCCGCUAGUCUUCCGGAGGUGGUGUCAACUGUUUGGUCGACCGUGUUUAUGACAAGUCGGUUAGCGAGAGGAGAGACAUUGUUGGUUCAUGGAGGCUCAAGUGGAAUUGGUACUUUUGCUAUUCAGAUAGCCAAAUACCAAGGAGAAAGAGUGUUUAUUACUGCAGGUAGUGAGGAGAAAUUAGCUGUCUGCAAGGACCUUGGAGCAGAUGUGUGCAUCAAUUACAAAACGCAAGAUUUUGUCGCACGAGUGAAAGAAGAAACAGAUGGAAAAGCGGCUGGCUUGCGAAACCGUACUCCUGAAAACAAAGCAGUUAUUGUUAGAGAAGUUGAGAAGAUGGUUUGGCCAGCCAUUGCAGCAGGGAAGGUGAAGCCUGUGAUCUUCAAGUAUCUUCCAUUGUCAGGAGCAGAAGAAGCCCACCAGCUAAUGGAGAGUAGCAUGCAUAUUGGAAAGAUACUGCUGAUUCCAUGAUUAAAGAGAUUGUCGAGAGAUCCAGAUGAAAAAUGAUUGCUGAUUAAGCUGUGGUUGAAGUUUGAACUUGGCAAUUAGUAAUUAAAGAAUUACCGUGAAGUUGUGAUUUCCGUUACUUGGUGAUUCAUUUUACCACCUCUUGUUUCCAUGCAUUUGGUUCAGAUUUAAUUGGAAGGACGUUAGAAAUGUAUUGUCGUAAAUAUAUGACUUCUAAGUUUC